UGACUGAUUGUAAAUGAAUUUGUUUGAUUUGAAUUUGUAGGUUAGGUUUACUGAUGGUUUAGUUUAUUUAAUUUGACUAUGUAAUUUUUUCUGUACCUAUCGAUUUCGACUGUAAUACUACGAGUUAAAAUGCAAGAACAGUGCCCUGAUAUCAAUUUAUGUUUGACAAUACCAUUUCAAUCAGCCGAGUAUGCCACACUAGCCUGUGAUGUUUUGAAUGUUGACAAAGAAUUGAAGGGAAGUGGAGUCUCACGGGAUAUAUCCACAAAUAGUGAAAGUCUUGUAAUAAAUUUAAAUGGACAAGAUUUGAAACGACUGAGAGUAUCUGCCAAUUCUAUGCUCAAAAAUGUUAUUCUUAUAACAAAAUCAUUUGAUCAGUUUGAACAAAAUUGAAAGGUUCCAAAAUGCCGGAACACACGCCAGCUCCUACACCUGCAAGAUCUUUAUAUGGUUUUUUUAUGUACUUGAUCAGCAAAACAGUACUUGCAAUAUAUUGUAUAUGGGCUUUUAUUCCUGAUGAGCAUCUUAAUUAUUUAAAUAUAUACUACUACCCACAAAAAUAUUGGGCCACAGCAGCUCCAAUUCAAUGUUUAGUGACCCUUACAUUAUUUGUAUUUUUUAUAUAUCCCAGCAUUAAUUGGUGCAUGACCAGUAACAUUGACAGCAUAAACACUAUAACAGAUCCCCAUUCUAGUUAUUGUGUUACAAAAAUGGAUACUCGUUUCAAAGUGCCGGACAAUUGUGUUUGUACACUAAAAGACAGUUGUUUCAAAAGCAGAUACAUUGUUACUGAUAGUGAGAUUAAAGAAAAUUCUGUGCCUCAUCUGCAUGAUCUGGACAUUAGGUAUGUUUGCAAGAAACUGUAUUUAAAUAGGUAACUAUGAAUAAAGUGGCAUUGUUAAUUAAAUGUAGGGUUAUUCCCAGUUAUCACUGAGAAACACAAUCAUAUUAUUAGUAACCAGUAAACUCUAUGCCAUUGGCAUAAGGUUUACUGCCGGUUGGGGAUAGUAAGUACUGAGAAUAACCCUAUUAUGUUGAACGCA